AUGUCCAAAAUAAUGCGAAAUAUCAAGCACAUGGCUAAGGGGUACUCCUCGGUUCAAAUCACUGUGCUAGACGCCACGAGCAGCGCGGGGGAGGGGCCAACGCGGUCGCAGCUGUUGGAAAUCUGCAGGUUGACCUAUGGCUCGCCAUCAGACUUCUACGAAGUCCUGGACAUGAUCGAGCAGCGACUCUCAGAGUCGGAUAACUGGCGGCACACCCUCUAUGCCCUGAUAGUGUUGGACCACUGCCUGCGUGAGGGGUCUGUGCUCGUUCCAACCUGGGCGAGGAAAAAUAUCUGGAUCAUCAAAACUCUUCGUGAGUUCAGGUAUAUUACGCCAGAUGGGGAAGACGUUGGCGAGAAGGUGCGCUCUCGGGCAAAGAAAAUGGUUGCCUUGGUUGAGGAUGAGGAACGCCUCCUCGUUGAGCGUCAGGAUGUGAAGCGCCACCUCAAUAGUCGCGGGGGCGCCACGGAAACACAUCAUAUCAGUCAGAGCGCCUUAUCUUACCAGGCACCCUCUCCAGUUCGAGAGAGCUCGUGGCGCGGGAAGGCUCCUGCUUUCCAACCAAGUGCCGGGGAUCCUUCGGAUCGUGACAAUGCCUGGAAUCGGUACAGUGCCAGGCAUGUCUUUGAACCGGAAGUGCAGUACAGUAACUCUUUGAGGAAUGAGACUCCCAUUCCGCACUCCCGAGUCAGGCAGCAGCGUGUCGUUGCAUUCUCGGGUGAUACCACUCCGCGUAUUGGACCAGAAACUGAAGACCAAGGCACCCCGGAACAGAAAACAGCAGGCGAGGAUGUUGUGCCAGAUGCCGAUGAGGUCUUGAAUCCUAACGCAGAAGAGACUCAAUACUCGUCCAGAUAUGGAGACUACGUACCAGAGCAGCAAAGUACCUUUUUCAUGGCCGAUAAUCCCAGUGGGCGCUCUGGAGAUGGCCAGCAAAAUGCUGUUGCGUCGCCCGAAGAUCCUGCCCCGCGGGGUGGAUCAGAAACCGAAGAUCAGAGCACAGUGACACCUGUCAGUAACAGGGUCUCGAGCCAAGCGACACCUCCAGUUCCAGAGAGAGCUCCUCCCCCAAAGCCUGCUGUGAACGUUGAACCGGCUCAAAUCCACCAGAAAUCUUCACAGGCACUCCGCAUUCGCUCUGCGGUCGAUCUGGUCCGCGACUCGCAUUUGGAAACGGAAGCAGCAGCAGGCUUCACACGGCACAUCGUGUACGUGUCCAACAGAAACGCCCGCCAACGCCGAGCAAGAAGAGAAGAGCGCUGGGAAAGACAACAAGAGCUCGGCACCGGGUCGUAUGGCCAGGUGUGGCUCGAGACAUGCAUUGAGGGCGAGGGGACCGGCCGGCUGAGGGCCGUCAAAGAAAUCACCAAGAAUGACCGGUCUUUGACCAAAGUCGAGUAUGAGAGGGAGCUGGAGGCUCUCGCCAAGUUUUCAAAUAAAAAGUAUGUCCACUGCUUCGUGCAGUUCUUCGGCUGGUGGGAAACGCCUGGUGCCAUCUGCAUCAGCAUGGAGUAUGUUCCGGAUGGUGAUUUGCAGCGCCUGAUGACUGCCCCCUUCCCGGAAUCGGUGACGCAGGAAAUUGUCUCGCAGGUCCUGGAAGGGCUGGCGCUGAUGCAUGAGAAUGGAUUCACGCACCGAGAUUUGAAACCGGGGAACAUCCUCGUCUUGCAACAAACACCCGCCUGGUGGGUGAAAAUCAGUGACUUUGGUAUCACCAAGCGCGCCCUGGAGGAGUCGACCGGCCUGCGCACGUUUGUAGGCACACAUGGCUAUGUGGCACCUGAAGUCAUUGGCCUUGUGGAUUUAGCCGACACGGAGCCGGACUCUCAGGACCCUUCCUACACCAGCGCGGUCGACCUCUGGGCACUGGGCGAGAUCACCUUCCGCUUGCUCACGCACAAAAGCACAUUCCCUAGACCUCGGGGUCUGGCGCGCUAUGUCGCGGGUCGAGAGUCAUUUCCCCAUGCAGAACUGGAUCGGGUGGGCGCGACAUCCGAGGUCAAGGAUUUCCUGGAAAAGAUCAUGGCAGGCAGUCCGGCGCAGCGGCUCUCAGCAGAUGAUGCAUUGGAUCAACCCUGGAUCACCAACCCAGUCACAGAAUCUGCUGCAUAUAUACCAGUGUCCUCGCUGAAUACCAGCUCCCAGCAUCCUGUCGAGGAUGGUUUGAGGCAAUCACCGACUCUCGAAGAACCCUCCAAGCGGUGGUCUGCCGUCUUUGAUGAUCCCUCCAUUGCAACGUCGCGCAUGGAGACAUCCAGCUACGUUUGA